ACAGAUGUCAAAAAAUAACCUAAAUUUUUACGUUUACGAAACGUUUGUGUUAUUUGUUGGUAUUUUAAGGGUGAUUUUGUAACAAUUUUAUUUUUUUUAAACCGUAGAAAUGUCUUAUCUAUCAAGAAGAGAUUUAGAUGACCUGAAGCCAUCAAUAGAAAAAGUUGUAUAUAAACUUUUAGGAAGCAGUGAUUCCUCAGUGCUUAGGACAGCUACAGAUUGUGUAUCUAGUGGUUAUGACAAGAAAAAGAUAAGUGAUAAACUUGGGGUUUAUUUGGAUAGUAAAAAGGCUAAUAAGCUAGCCGAUAAAAUUGCAGAUUUAGUGGAUGAUUUCAAAAGUUCUCAUAGAUCCAAGAAAAGAUCUCAUGAAGAUGAUAGAGACAGAGAUUCAAAGCGUUCCAAAAAUGGUUCUAGAUAUGAGAGUAAGGAGCCUGAUCGACCAAAAUCCAAACCGACAGAAAAUUCUAAAAGGGAACUACCACCUCCCAGUAAAAAUAAUAUUAGCAUAGGAAACCUCAGUAUUCCUACACCUAGUAUAUAUGGUAUACCUGUAGGGCUGUUGAAUAGAGGAGAUGCUGAUAAAGCUAGGAAGAUAGCGCAGCUCCAUGCACAGAUUAAGAACAAACUUUCCUCUGGAAUUUUGCCCAAUAUUAUUCAAAUACCAAUAAUGCCAAAUAAACCAGCUCCCUUAAUAUUAGACGAAGAUGGAAGGACUGUAGAUAAAUCAGGGAAAACUAUUCAGCUUACUCAUGUGGCACCCACUCUGAAGGCUAACAUGAGAGCUAUGAAAAAGGAUCAUUUUAAAGGAUCGGGUCUAGAGCGUCAUAAUGAAGACAAUAGUGAAACAAAAUUUAUUGACCCUAGGAUUGGUAUUAAGCCAGCUACCAGAAGUAAAAGGGCUUUGAGGUUUCAUGAACCUGGAAAAUUUCAACAACUGGCUGAAAGAUUAAGGAUGAAGGCACAAUUGGAAAAGCUUCAAAAUGAAAUCUCCCAAAUAGCAAAAAAAACUGGAAUAUCAUCUGCUACAAAACUAGCUUUAAUAGCAAAAUCGGAAGGAAUUAGCGAAGAAAUUCCACAAAUGGAAUGGUGGGAUUCAGUUAUACUUAUAGAUAAUUUGGAUACUAUGGACGGUGAUCAAAUCGCCAUUAAAGAUUCUAUUAUUAAUACUUUGGUUGAACAUCCUACGCAAAUGAGAUGUCCAACUGAUCCAAUAAAACCUGUAUAUAUGCCCGUGUUCCUUACGAAAAAAGAAAGAAAAAAGCUUCGUCGUCAAAACCGAAGGGAGAUGUGGAAAGAAGAGCAAGAGAAGAUUCGGUUAGGUCUGGAACCUCCUCCGGAGCCUAAGCUACGUAUAUCAAAUCUGAUGAGAGCUUUGGGUACAGAAGCAGUACAGGAUCCUACCAAAAUCGAAGCACACGUUAGAGAGCAGAUGGCGAAACGGCAGAAGGCUCACGAAGAUGCCAAUGCUGCUAGGAAAUUGACGAGUGAUCAGAAACGCGAUAAAAAAAUUAAGAAAAUCAAGGAAGAUACAUCUCUAGGUGUAAAUGUAUCAGUCUACAGAAUUCGUGAUUUACAAGGACUAGCAUCAAAGAAAUUUAAAGUAGAAACGAAUGCAAAGCAGCUUUUUAUGACAGGAUGUGUUGUUAUGUAUCCAGAUUGUUGCGUGGUGGUUGUUGAAGGGGGACCAAAACAACAAAAGAAGUAUAAAAGGUUGAUGUUAAACCGAAUCAAGUGGGAGGAAGAUUUAGUGAAAGACCCGGAUGGUAAAGAAAUACCUAACAAGUGUAAUCUAGUAUGGGAAGGUACUGCUAAACAAAGAAAUUUUGGGGAACUUAAAUUUAAAGUGUGUCCUAUGGAAAAAAUGGCAAGAGAACAUUUUAAAAAACAUAAAGUGGAACACUACUGGGAUUUGGCGUACAGCGGAGCGGUACUAGAACAAUCUAACGAUGUUAUAGAAUAGACCAUUAUUUGUAAAUACAAAAUAGAGAUGAAAUUUUAUUAUUUACUAAUUAUGUAAAGUAAAAGUAUCAAUUUCUACAAAAAAAAGUGGUAAUACUUAUAGACUACAGUCCAUCAGCCUAAGGAAUCGAAGAAAAAACGGCAGGCUGGAAAUAACUUCGUGAAUUACUUAAAAAUAUUGGGACAAACAAAUUGUUAUUGUCAGAAAAUCUUAAACUCUCGCAUUUUCCUUUGGGACGCUGUGUAAAACAUCAAUUUGACAAUAAUAAAAAAUAGUAUGAACAGUGUUAAUAUUUUUACGUUUGAUUGGAAGAUAAUUUAGUGAAAAAGCGAGGAAAUCGUUGACAGACAAAAAUGUUGGUGCAUUAAGCAGUCACCCGUAAUAUAUUAGUUUCUCGUUUGUUACUUUAAAAUAUAAUGUUAUUCAUAAGUUGAUUGACUGCAGAGUAUUGGUUAUUUAAGCAGAUAAUAUUGAAAAAGUAAAAUAAUUAAUUUAGUAAAUUACAAGUAGCCCUUAAUUGGAUCAUAUGAUCAUUAAAAAUACAUUGUUCUUAAAAUUUUUGUUUUAUGACAAUUUAAUUUUAUCAGACAUUUAUUUGCGAAAAACUGUAAAAUUAUAAAAUAAAUUAUUUUCUCCGA